CGUCAUGUUUACCCGAGGAGAAGCGACCAAAACAUGCUGCCAUAAGCGGUGUGGAUCUGCUUCUCGCUUGAGUGCAGUCAAUUAAACUUUAGAGAAAUAUUUUAGUCUAAAGAGUAAACCAGUACAUGCAGAAACAAAUGCAUCAUGUUUAAGUUCAACUUUAAUUUAGAAACAGAGGAGCAGAAUGAUUCUCCUGCUGUAGCAUCUGAAUCAGAGCUAAAUUCACAGUGUUGGAUACCAGCACAGAAACAUGAAGUAUUGCCAACACAUCUCCAAUCACUUUCUGAAGACACUGUAAUUGAAGCAGUUACAAUAGAUCAAACAGAAAUAAAGUAUCUGAACAUGAAUUCUGCUGUGGAAAGAUUAAAGAAAUUGAGAGUUUCGACCAAUUUAUCAACAGCACUUACUGACCACAGUGACCUUGUGCCAGCAGUGUAUGAAGGAGGCCUGAAAGUGUGGGAAUGCACAUGGGACCUUCUUCACUAUUUUGCAGCCUCAGGUAUCAAGAUGAAAGGAUGCAGGGUGCUGGAGGUGGGUUGUGGAGCUGCGCUGCCAGCUCUGUAUGCUGCUAUACACGGUGCACACAUCACUCUCCAGGAUUAUAAUGAAGAAGUCAUUAAUUUCAUCACUAUACCCAAUGUUAUAUUGAAUAUAGCUAAUGAAUCAUCAAUCAAUAAUAUAAACAAUGCCACAGAAUAUCUCACUACUUCAAGAGACCUAGUUACAGAUAUCACAUCAAAAGCCUCAUUCUUCUCUGGUGAUUGGGGUGAUUUUUACAAACUCUUAACAAAGAAACAAAACAGUGAGCAGCUCACCAACGAUGACCAAACAAGUAGAAAUAAAGAUGAAAGUCAAGAAUAUAAAUUUGAUAUAAUUUUGACAUCAGAAACUAUCUACAACCCAAAUUGCCAUGAAAAGCUGCUAAACCUUAUGACUAAUUCCCUGAAGCAAGAUGGUGUUAUAUUACUUGCAGCAAAGAGUCAUUAUUUUGGUGUUGGUGGAGGAACAUUGCAGUUCAUUGAUCUAGUAAAAUGCCAAGAUAUAUUGAACAUCCAGACAACUGUUACAAACACUGAAGGUGUGAAGAGAGAAAUUCUUGAGAUGAAGUUAAAGAAGCUCCAAUAAAUACAAGACAAAUAUA